AGUCUGAAGCGCAAUAAGAGGAAAGGGGGCAACGUCGCCAUGUCAUGAAACGUGGCUUCGAGACCUGAGGGCUGAGAAAGGGUCUGGGAGAUUAGAUAACGUACUCCCUUUGCUCUCUUAGUGCAAUGAUCCAGAAAGAUUGUACCAGAUCCUCGGCGCCCACUCAAGCGAGAUUCGCCGAGCACUGUCACAGCUUCUGGGAUAAAUAGAAAUGGGAUCGACGAUGACAAUACCAAGCUCCUUGAUAGUGGUAUAACAACUAGUCUUCCACCAAAAUCACGCUUCCUUCACCUGUGGCCCUGGCUAAGCCAUGGUGUACUGAUGUCCAUAACUCUGUGGUUCUUCAUACAAUGGGCACGGUCACCUUCGAUGGAUGACGUAGUUAUAUAUUCUUCAGUAAACGAGGCAAUCGAAUCCAUCGGCAUCAUAAAAUUCAACGGAAGUUUCAAUGCUCCUUCCAUAUAUCGUGGCACUCCAUCCCCAGAGCUCGACGCCAUUUGGGAUAGGGUAUCUCUUGAUGUGCGCCCACUCCGUAUGACACAUGAGCAACUGCUCAGAACGGGGGAGAAACCUUCUCCCUCCAUGGCUAGGUAUCCGGACGAAUACGGUGGAGGUUACGUAGCAACUGUAGAAGUCAUUCACCAGCUCCAUUGCUUAGACAUGUUACGCAAAGCCAGCUGGGGUAACGAGUACCAUAAGCAUGGGGGCAUGAAUAAAUCCCACGAAGCCUCUCGUACCCAUCUCGACCACUGCAUUGAGAUACUCAGGCAGCUCACUAUGUGUAGUGGUGAUGUUACCAUGAUAACUCAUGAUUGGAUCGAGGGAAGGGCAACUCCAUUCGCUGAUUUCAAUGUUCCUCACAAAUGUAGAAACUUUGAGAAGAUCUUAGAUUGGAUCGACGAGCAUCGUGUUUUUAUCCCGAAAUCCAAGUGGGUCCGCUUGGAGGAUAACGUGGACCUGCCCUCUCUUCCUUGA